AUGUGGGAGAGAAACCUGCAGAGUCCAACCAAACUGAGCGUUACUCUGAGCUGCAUGGAUUACCUACAUUGAUUUUUUCCCACCGAGCCUUCAGGUGUGUGAACUGGCCAAAGUUGGAUGACUGGGAGAAAAUGUUGCAAAGUGUGGACUGAACGACGGUGGAAUUUUGUGACCCGGUAACCUCGAGGAAUAACGUUAUCUGUGUGUGCUGGUUAGUCUACAAGCAGCGGUUACGGACAAUUUGGAUACUUUGAAUGAAACCGGUGAAAAGUUCUUCGCCUCGCUGUAACGAGGAGUAAAGCAGCGUUAGGAGCAGCAAGUGACUGAGAGGAGAGUAGUAACAGAGCAAGGUUUGGACAAACGCUCCUGGGAGGCAUGGAGAGAUUGGAAAUAGCAGGAAAUAAGCAGUAGAUCUCUUCAGAAAGUGACCAUUGAGUGUGACCCUCUCCUGUCAUCAUAAGUCAAACCUGGCAGGACUACAUCCCAUCCUAUCACAGGUGGACCACAGUGUAUCAGGUUGUGUCCCGAAGGAUGUGUUUUUAAACCUGAGCUGCUGGGAGGUCAAGAGGUGACAUGCCUCUGUAAGACACCACGGGAAACAAAUGCUCUGCUGCCAUGCCUCCGGGGAUGGUGCGUCGUCUUUCAGUGUCAGCAGGCCCAACGCUGCUGUCUCUCCUGCUGUUAGCCAUUGGCUGGCCUUUCACCUCAAUACCCAGUGGCGUUGUCCAAGGACAAGACUCCUCCCCCUCCAGCCUUUACCCUACCUUUAUUAGGAAUGACACUCUAUUUGAGCACAUGGCCCUGCACCCUGACCCCAGUGUGGGUCGGGUCUACGUCGGGGCCAGAGAUCACCUGUUCCAGUUGAAUCAGUUCCUCCAACCUGAACUCCAGGAUGACACCGGACCUGUCACAGACAGCAGGGAGUGUUUGCCUCCUGUAACAGAGAACAACUGCCCUCAGGCAAGGGUCACAAGUAAUCACAACAAGCUCUUGUUGGUCAACCCUUACUCCAUGGAACUUAUUACCUGUGGGAGUGUCAACCAAGGAAUCUGUCAGAAGCGUAGCCUGGAUUCUGUGAAUAAGGUACUUUUCUCCACCGAGAGGCCAGUGGAUACCCAAUAUGUAGCAGCUAACCACCCUAACGUUAGUACAGUUGGGCUCAUUGUUCGGUCUCAUCCUGACAGACAGCCAGUGCUGUUCGUUGGGCGAGGAUACACUAGCAGCCACCCACCCAUUUCCACAAGAAACCUCGCCCAGGAACCAGUCUUUUCUUAUGAGGAGACUGCUAAGCUGGCUGUUGCUGGCCGUCUCUCUGAGUAUGACCAUCAUUUUGUAGCCUCGUUUGCCCACCGUCAGCACGUAUACUUCCUCUUCUACAGGCGGGACCUUAAGUCACAGUCACGCGAGUAUCGCACCUACGUCUCCCGUGUAUGUUUGGAUGACCAAGCCUAUUACUCGUACGUGGAAGUGCCCUUGACUUGUCGCUCCAGGGCAGGAAAAAUCUACAACCUCCUGCAAGCUGUCCAGCUUGGAAUCUCCAAGGACGAAGUAGCGAGUCAAGGCUCUGAGAUUCUUCUCGGUGUUUUCUCCACUCGUUUGACUUCAUCAACUCGUCCCAGUGAAGACUCAGCCCUCUGCAUGUUUAAACUGGAAGACGUGGACCACAGGAUUAACUCCACCAGGGACCUGUGCUACACACAGAUGGGUAAAAAGACAGGAAUAGAGGCAGCCUACAUCGAAUAUGAAGUCAAAUCCAACUGUGCCAAUCUGCCAGAGAACACUCUGGACGCCUACCCCUGUGGCUCCGACCACACCCCCAGCCCCAUGGCCAGCCGGGUCCCCGUGGAAGAAGAGACAAUACUGGACAGCCCGUCUGCCCGUCUCACCGCUGUGUCCGUCAGCAUGAGGGCGGGACAUACCAUUGCUUUCCUGGGAGACUCCAAGGGGAACCUGCACAAGGUGUUCCUGGGGCCUAAUGGUGAGGUUGAAGAGUACUCUGUCAUCACCAUACAGCAGAACACAGCCAUCAGCUCAGACCUCAUCCUGGACCAGAAAGAGGAGCAUCUCUUCAUCAUGACCCAGAACAUGCUGCAGAAGAGGCCAGUGGCUGAAUGCCAGCAGCACCCAGACUGCAACUCCUGCCUGAUGGCUCACGACCCUUACUGUGGCUGGUGUGUCCUGGAAGGAAGUUGUGUGUUGCAGUCAGAGUGUACUCGUGGGAAGCAGGCCGGUCAGUGGCUGUGGAGCUUCGACAUGGACCAGCAGUGUCUCGCCAUCCAGGACCUCAAUCCCUCCAACGUCAGCAGGGAGCAGAGCAGAAUGGUGUCUCUGUCAGUUCCAGGACUUCCAAUAUUAGAAAAAGGCGAGUCAUACUCCUGCUUCUUCCAGGACAGCCACAGCCCCGCCACUGUCACCCAAACCGGGGUCACCUGCCACUCCCCCGACCCCAACCGAGUACCCAUGGUGCCUCCAGGAAAAGACUUCGUCACGGUCACCUUGUCUCUGCGUUUCGGCGGCAUCACCGUCACAGCGAGGGACUUCACCUUCUAUGACUGCACGGCUGUGAAGCAGCUGUCUGGCAGCAUGCCUUGCCGUGGUUGUGUUUUGAGCCGAUGGGGUUGUAACUGGUGCGUUCACCAGCAUUCCUGUACCCACAAGCCCACCUGUGAGGAGGGGGUGAUCAUCUACAACCAGCAUUUCAAACUCCCCACCUCAGCUCCUCCCACAACCAAACCCAUCAAAGUCAUCACCGCACCCUCUACCACAACCGCUGCCCCGACAACCGCCGUCGUGACAACCACCUCAACAACGACAACUAUCGCGACGACGGUGGCAACGACUGCAGCUCUCGUCACCGUAGCGACCACUCAGGAGCCGACCACCCCUCCUGCGCCCACUACUCUGCCCGCGACCACCGCCGGGCCCGAACCGACCGCCCCACCCACCACCCAGCCCCCUCAGCCUGCCAGCACCUUGCUUCCCACCACUGCAGCACCCAACACACCUCCACCCCCCAAAGUCACCACGGGGAAGGAAGAGGAGACGGUAGCAGGAGAGCUGGUGGUGGUCACCCACAGUGACAUGGAAGGUGCUGCAGUCACUCCCACUGUUGUCAUGGUGAGUGAAGAGUUGGUGCCCGUUACUGCAGCCGACGGUCUGAGCGGAGAUCCGGACCCUGUGAUGCCACUCAUGAUCCCACCCUCCGACACGGACUACUCCCCCCUCCAGGUGAUGACAGAGUCGCCCCCCAGCGACACCCAGGAAGCCGAGGGGACGCUGAGCCCGGCGGAGCCUCACACUCUAACAUCAUCAGGCUUUCCUCUGCCCACACCCUUCCCCAUGGGCGAACCGGCCGACUCCGACCCCGAACCCUCCCUCUACCUGGACCCGCCCACCUCGCCUCCUCUGCAAGACCCCCACACCGAAGCAGGGAGCCAAGCCUCUGACUCCGAGGUGCUCUGGCCACAGGAGGAAGCGGACGAGCACGGCGCCCACGCAGAAAAUGAUACGGCCACUUUCUCAGCCGCCACCGUGCUGUCGGGGGACGGCGAGGUGGACCACGCCCCCCCCUCCUACCCCCACCUCCUGGAUACUGACUCAGAGCUGGACUACCAGUACGAUCCAGCUGACGCCUUCCUCCCGGGGGAUGAGGGCUCCUAUGUGAGCUGGGGAUCCUCAGCUUGUCCCUGUGUGGAGAAGGUCCAGGGCUCAUCACUGCUGCCUGUCAGAGUGGAGAGGAAGAUCACUUUACUAGCCCGCAACCUGCACCUCUAUCAGGACACAGAGCUGGACUAUGAGUGUGUUUUGGUCAUCGAGGGGCAGACGGUGGUUGUAGACGCCUACGUGGAGACGGAUGACAUGAAUCCAUCCAACUUUGACAUCACCUGUCAGCUGCAUCAGUACACAUACUCUGCUCCAGAGGAGGAAUAUAAUGCCAUGGUGUACGUGAAGAGGAGGGACACUUUCCAUGUGGACAGCUCUCCUGAUCUAUAUGUGACUCUGUACAACUGCUCCGUGGGUCGCUCUGACUGCAGCCGCUGCCACACAGCAGACCAGAAGUACGGCUGUGUGUGGUGCGGUGGUGCUCAUGCCAGAUGUUUGUAUUCAGACUCCUGCAGCGAACCUGUACAGCAGACCUGCCCUGCCCCAGUCAUCCACUCUAUUGAGCCGCUUUCUGGACUGUUGGAAGGUGGAACCACAGUGACCAUCUCAGGCUCCAACCUGGGCCAGAAGGCUGAAGACAUCCUGCAUUCUGUGUCUGUGGCCGGGGUCCCCUGUGCUGUCAUCCCCAGCCUUUAUGAAGUCUCCUCCAGGAUUGUGUGCAGGACCAAAGCCAGCGGAGGAGAGAAGGCUGGCCAUGUAUCUGUUAAAGUGAGCGGAGGAGAGUUUGGCCUGUCCAGCCAGACAUUCAGCUACCAGGACCCAUUUGUGAUGGGGGUGUCGCCUGAAAGGGGGCCCAAAGCCGGAGGAACGUCUCUUACCAUCACUGGCCGAAACCUGCUGACAGGUCGCUCCUCUGACCUCACCGUCACCGUGGGAGGGGUGCCCUGUAACAUUGUGUCGGUGGUGCAGAGCUCCAGUGUUCAGUGUGUGACAGGCAGCAGUGAAAUGACAGGAGAUCAACGGGUCACCCUGCACUACGGCAGCAGCCAGCGCCACCUCCACACGCCAGCUUACCACUACACCCACAACCCCAACAUCACCCACGCCACACCAACCAAGAGCUUCCUGGACGGUGGUCGGCUGAUCUACGUGUCGGGCUACAACCUUGACGUGGUACAGGAGCCGAGGAUGGUGGUGACCGUCUCUCCCUAUGAGUCCAUCAGCCAGAUCAAGAAGAAGAAGAAGAAGAGGAGGAGGAAGAGGAGGAGCGGAGAGCAGAGGGAGGAUGGAGAGAGGAGCGUGGGGAGGCCAUCAAGGAUGGUUCAUGAUCCUGUGUGUCCUGGAGACCCUAUCUGCUCUGACAAAAAGUUCAUGGAGCGUUGUGAGGUGAACUCUUCCUCCCUGAUCCUGUGCCGCUCCCCCAUGGUCAACUCCUCUGUCCGGGGGUCAAAGGUCACCGUGGAGUUUCUACUGGACAACCUGCGCUUCGAUUUCAGCCGUCUGAACCCAGAGGCCUUCAGCUACGAGCCCAACCCCGUCCUGCGCCCCCUGAACCAGCAGGACCCUCUGAAGGCCUACCGCUACAACCCUGGCAGCUUCAUCCAGCUAGAGGGGGAAAACCUGGACCUGGCCAUCACAAAGGAUGAGGUGGUGGUGUUGGUUGGGGAUGGUGUGUGCGCUGUUAAGACCCUGACCAGAAACCAUCUGUACUGCGAGCCCCCGCCUCUGCAGCCCACAUCGGGACUCAACGGCAAGAAGCGAGAGGGCUCCGACAAUUUGCCUGAAUUCACAGUCCAAAUGGGUAACCUGAACUUCUCCCUGGGUAAGGUUCAGUACGAUAACCUGAGCCUGUCCACUUUCCCUCUGGAGGCUCAGAUUGGAGUCGGGGUCGGGGCAUCUAUCGUGGCCCUCAUCGUCCUCAUCAUCGUGCUCAUCUACAGGAGAAAGAGCAAGCAGGCUCUGAGGGACUACAAGAAGGUCCAGAUCCAAUUGGAGAACCUGGAAACCAGCGUGAGAGAUCGCUGCAAGAAAGAGUUCACAGACCUGAUGACAGAGAUGAUGGACAUGUCCAGUGACCUCGUUGGUUCCGGCAUCCCUUUCCUUGACUACCGAAUGUAUGCCGAACGCAUUUUCUUCCCCGGCCACCGUGAGUCGCCGCUGAGGCGAGACCUGGACGUUCAGGAGUGUCGCAGACAGACGGUGGAGCAGGGCCUGGUGCAGCUGUCCAACCUGCUCAACAGUAAACUCUUCCUCACCAAGUUCAUUCACACUCUGGAGAGCCAGCGCACCUUCUCUCCCAGAGACCGAGCAUACGUGGCCUCCCUGCUGACGGUAGCCCUGCACGGCAAACUGGAGUACUUCACCGACAUCCUCAAAACCCUCCUGAACGACCUGGUGGAGCAGUACGUGGCCAAGAACCCCAAACUGAUGCUGCGGCGAACAGAGACGGUGGUGGAGAAGCUGCUGACCAAUUGGAUGUCCAUCUGUCUCUACGCUUUCCUCAGGGACUCAGCGGGAGAGUCUCUCUACAUGCUGUUUAGGGCCAUAAAACACCAGGUAGAUAAAGGACCAGUGGACGCUGUGACGGGAAAGGCCAAGUACACCCUCAAUGACAACCGCCUGCUGCGAGAGGACGUGGAGUACAAAACCCUGACUCUGAACGUGUUGGUGCAGGGCGGAGGAGUGAACGAGUCCCAGCCGCUGCCCUCCAAAGUGCUGGAUUGUGACACCAUCACACAGGUGAAGGAGAAGCUGCUGGAUCAGGUGUACAAGGGCACCUCCUUCUCCCACCGCCCUCACGCAGACUCAUUGGACCUGGAGUGGAGGUCUGGCGUCGCCGGUCAUCUCAUCCUGUCAGAUGAGGACUUGACAUCUGUGGUGCAGGGCAACUGGAAACGUCUCAACACCCUGCAGCACUACAAGGUUCCAGACGGUGCAACAGUAGCACUGGUGCCUCGUCACAGCAAACACAUUCACCAUGACAACCACGACUAUGUAGCAGGAGAGAAGACGCCAAUGUUGGAGGAUGCAGAUGAAGGAGGAGUGAGGCUGUGGCACCUGGUGAAGGCCAGCGAGGAGCCCGAGCUGCCCAAACACCGCAGAGGCAGCCUGAGGGAGAGGGAGAGGGCCAAGGCCAUACCUGAGAUCUACCUGACCCGCCUGCUCUCCAUGAAGGGGACGCUGCAAAAGUUUGUAGACGACCUGUUCACAGUCAUUCUCAGCACCAGUCGUCCUGUCCCUCUGGCUGUCAAAUACUUCUUUGACCUGCUGGACGACCAGGCAGGACAACACGGCAUCUCUGACCCAGAGACAAUACACAUCUGGAAGACCAACAGUCUUCCUCUGCGUUUUUGGAUCAACAUCGUGAAGAACCCUCAGUUCAUUUUUGAUGUCCAAGCCUCGGACCACGUGGACGCAGUUCUGUCCGUCAUCUCCCAGACUUUCAUGGACUCCUGCACCAUUGCUGAGCACAAACUGGGACGGGACUCUCCCAUCAACAAGCUGCUGUAUGCCAGAGACAUCCCCCGCUACAAGCAGAUGGUAGAAAGGUACUAUGCUGACAUCAGGCAGACAAUCUCAGCCAGUGACCAGGAGAUGAACUCUGCUCUGGCUGAACUGUCCAGGAACUACUCUGGAGAGCUGAACUACCUGGUCGCACUGCACGAGCUAUACAAGUACAUCAACAAAUACUACGACCAGAUCAUCACAGCUCUGGAGGAGGACACCACAGCCCAGAAGAUGCAGUUGGGCUACAGACUGCAGCAGAUCGCUGCUGCAGUGGAGAAUAAAGUCACCGACUUGUGACAGAAGAAACGCCCACCGGUGCCUCGGCAGACAGUCGGGGUGGGAGGCAGUUAAGAGAGACUCACACCCUGCAGGGUGAACUGGAGGGCAGGAGAGCAAACGGCUGGACAAAUAAGAAGAGAGGCAGACUCUUCUUCUCCAGGAGGAAGGUUGGCAAAGGAACGUCACUUUGUUUUUUUUCAGUGCAAACAAGACAGAGGUUCAAGUUCACAUCCCAGCACCUAUUUGUCCUCUUUUUUUUUUUUUUUUUUUGGUGUUUGCUAAGAAUGCAUCUGUGACUUCAGUGUGCACUCUGAGUCCUCUGUUGAAGCACUUGGAGUCAGAAAAAACGACAUUUAGCGGACAAAGAAAGAAGAGGAUGUGCCAAGGACACAAUGGAUGGAGACCUGCUGUCACACCGUUAACUUAAUUAGCUUGUCGCUGCUGUACGGUCAAAAGUGAUUUCUUGUGUGUUUGUAUGGUGAUUUGUGUACGUGUGAACAGUUAUUCAUAUUGCCCUGGUUGUCAAUCUACUCACAUUUCUGGUUUUCUAGUGCAAAGUUUUUGAGUCAGCAGUAUUCUGAAAAUGGUGAACUCUUUCUCUGAAAUUUGACAAAAUCUUGGCCGGAGCAUCGUUCAGAGCCCCUUUUACUUUAAACAUAUAACAGAGGUUCAUAAGGUACCGCCGCUCUCUACCUCAGCCUACUGUGCUGCAUCAAAUACUUUUUUUUUUUUUCAACCAGCUACACCUACUAGUACAGCAGCUCAGCACAGAUCUAUCCUCCCUAACACCUGUACACCCUCUAAUUUACAGCAACACACACACCAAUACUUUAAGUCAAUUCAGCGUUUCUACUUCUUUAUUUUCUUUUGCUUUGUGGGAACCUGUCCAUUUGGGGCAUUUUAAGGUACUUAAAACCCGACUGAGUGACAGUUUACGCUGUUUGUUUCUUGCUUUUAUACUUAUUCAUGUCAGUGUUUCUGUAGUGUACAAGUCACUGGAAAGAUGUUAGAGGAAAAACAAAAAUCCUUCCAUAAAGAAACCCAUAUUAAUGAAGUGGUGCACACUGUUAUGUGUGCACUGCAGUGUUUUAUUGUAAUUCAUUGUUUUUUCUCUUUUUUUUUUUUAAAUACUUUUUUUUAACAUUCCUUUUUUAGGUUUUGAACAAGGAAUCAUGGUUCACCUUGUUCUACUACAAGCCAAGGCAAUGGUACGAGUUGAGUUUUUAUGGGUAUUGACAUCAUGCAGUUCUUGUAUUGGACACAAGGUGGCACUGAUGUAUAUUCUGAAGGACUGCCUGGUUACUGUUCUGUCAAGUCAAUACAGCUUAUGUGUGUGUGUGUGUUUUUUUUUCAUUAGGUGUAGUUCAUCUUGUUACACUUUUCUGCUGUCGUUUGGAGCGCAGAGACGUUUCAUACAUGAUCAAACGUUUGCUGGUGUUUUUCUUAUUUAAAUGAUAAAGGAGAACUAGUGGUUAGUAGGGCUGGGUAUUCUUGGACAUGUGAUGGUGCUGGUGUUGUAUCAAACUCUGUUUCACUUUUAAAUAUUUUCCUCCACGGUUGAGUUAAGGGCUUAAUUUAGGUCAGUUUAAGGUUAUGGUAAGGCAUCUAAGAGAUGAUGGGGUUUAAGUAAAAGUAAGAGGGAACCCAAAUUGAUGGGGAAACAGACUUUGACACAAUACAGAUCACCAUGUGAUACCAGAACAAAAUUAUCAUUUUUUUCAUGUAUUACUUUGCAGAAUAUAAAAAUGUUGUUAAACAAAAAACUUCCAAAACACAGGAGUGUGUCAUGUCUUAACACAAAGUGUCAAUACUCAAGACAAUGCUGUAGUCACGGUUUAGUCACUCAGAUGUGAUGAGGUUUGAUACCCAGCCCUUCUCAGACCAAAACAGAUGACCAUGAGAAGGACUCUCUUUUUCUAAACUGUCUCAUGUCUGUUCAUGCCCCCUCUUGAAGAGUGUUGAGGUGUGUCAGCUGAGCCUGAGGUGUGUCAUUACCAGAUCUAGGCUCAGCAUGUCAGAAUGUAGCCCAUAGGGUUAUCACUACAUUACUUAACACACGCAAAUGACUAACGACUCAUAUGAGCGGAUGGUUUGUUGUGUCCCAGUCAUGAUCAAGAGGAGCUGUCUGAGGGAAAACUUUAACUGUUGUUAGGCUGUAUAAAUUUGGCGAUGUAGAGCAGGCUCUGCAAGGAGCAGUUUUAAGGAUGUUUCUUAUUUUAUGUGUUAAUAUCAUUGUACAUACUGAUUUCAAAUGUAACUGUAGUGAUUUAACCUGUUUAAUAAGAGAAUGCGCAAAUUCUCACAGAUGCUGAUGUAAUAAAGUAUUCUUA